AUGCCUUCCUUUACCCGUCUAGCCCUGUCUGCUCUCGCGGCCACCGCAGCCAUCGCAUCAGGAAUCAAUGAUUUCUCCUGCGAAAGCUCUUCCAACCCAGUCAUCUUUCUCCACGGCCUGGGCGCAACCUUCUAUGAGGACCUGAACUUUAUGCAGUACUGGCUGCAAAGCAAAGGCUACUGCACAUACGCCAAGACCUACGGCGCAUACGAUGGCUUCCCAUUACUUGGCGGCCUGAAGGCCAUCAACGAGAGCGCCCCCGAGAUCGCAGCCUACAUCAAGGAAGUGACCGAGAAGACCGGCAAGGCAAAGGUCGACCUCGUCGGCCACUCCGAAGGCGCCUUCCAAGCUCUCUACGUCCCCAAGUUCGAGGGCGUCGCCGACAAGAUCGAUAAGAUCGCUGCCAUCGCCCCGCCUACCCAUGCCACUUCCUUCGCGCAUCUCUACGACCUCGCCUACGUGUUCGGUAACUCUUCGCGCCUGGCUGUCGGCGAUAUCCUCGAUCUCGUUGGCUGCCCUGCUUGCAAUGAUGUCGGUCCCGAUGGCCCCGCCAUUAAGCGCCUGAAUGAUGGAACCCCCAUCGCCCAGCCCGGCAACAAGAUCACUAUCAUUGCUUCCAAGUAUGAUGAGCUCGUCACUCCCCCCACCACGUCUUUCGUCCACGAGGACGGCGUCAGCAAUAUCUGGAUCCAAGAUACUUGCCCACUUGACCCUGUCGGCCACAUUGGCGAGGCUUAUGAUUUAAACGUCUGGCAUUUGGUCAAGAACGUCCUGGACGAGACUCCCAAUCGCAAGUUCGUGUGCUUGCUCGGAUCGCCCGGCAAAUAA